ACGGUCCAAAGAAUGUACAGCAUAAAAUCUAAAAAUUUAAAUAUGGACAUCUCUAAAAAUAUACAUAUAUGUACGUAAACAACAGCAUCAGAAAUGCUCCAGAAAAAUUGCACAUUGUGCCUAGCAGUAAUAGUUUCACCCAAGAACUGCUCAUGUUGCAUCAGAUAAAUUGCACUUUGUAAUAUUGCACAUCAGGGAGAUUGGGCGAAGGCUAUCAGGUCUAUUAGAUGUGUGUGUGUGUCUGUCUGCACGUGUGUGGUAAUCUGUAAAGUCUUUGUUGUGGAGUCUGACAGCAGUUGGAAGGAAAGACCUGCAGAGUCUCUCCAUCCCACAUCGUGGGUGCCGCAGCCUGCCACUGAAGGAGCUGCUCAGUAGUGUCAGAGUCCCCUGCCUGUCCAACAGGGAUGACAGCUUAGCCACCAUUCUUCUUUCACUCACCACCUCCACUGGGUCCAGAGGGUAUCCUAGAACAGAGCUGGCCCUCCAGAUCAGCCUGUUCAGUCUUUUUCUGUCCCCAAGAGAUGCUGCUGCCCCAGCAGACCACACCAUAAAAGAUGGCUGAGGCUACCACAGAGUCAUAGGUCUUUAGAAGUCGGCCCUUCACUCCAAAAGACCUGAGCCUCCGCAGUUAAAGCAGGUACAGCCUGCUCUGCCCUUUUCCGUAGAGAGCAUUUAUUGUUCAGAUGAACACCAAGGUACCUGUAGCUACAGCCUCAACCGAACUGAAUUUAUUCUUUAUUGUUUAUUUAUUUUGCCAAUUUUGUUUCCUCAGCUGAGAUUAAAGUGUCAGAUUAUUAUUAUAAGAAUCACCUGAGACACAGUUGGGAAUGUUUGUGUUUGGUCCAUCAGACUGAAGCUCAGACGUGGGGGACAGAAAAGAACCAGCUCGGUGUUUUUCAUUCGGUCUCAUUUUUUUCCCUUCUUUCUCUCAAACAGAGCUAAUGACGUCACAGAGUCGGGCUCGUGCAGCAGCGUGUAUCUGAGGGCGUUCUCACACAGGUGAACCCCGCGCGUUGUCACGGCGCUGAUAACGGGACUGCUGCAGGGCGUGCCCCCCGGUCCUCCCCACGGUGUGCAGAGACAUUGUCGUGUGAACGGAGCCCAGAGAGAAGGAGGUGCGCGCGGGCACGGAGCUCUUUGUACACAGACAGCAUCCAAGGGUGUGACCUGCAAACACGUCACCGUCAGAGACCAUGGACCGGAACCAGGACCUGGACCGGAGUACGGCCACAGGCACGCGCUGCGAGCCCGGCGCAGCCUCCGAGGGAACGCGGAUCAGCGCGCAGAACUGUCACGAGCUGCUGAGCAGAGCCAAGCGGGAGCGCGCGGAGGACGAGCAGGAGCGCGUGUACAGCUACAUGAGCGCUCACUACCUGGAGGUGCUGCGUGCUCCCGCGCUGUACGGCCGUCUGAGCGCCGCGGAGCGCGCACUGAUCCUGAGCAGGAACGGAGUGGGCGGGGCAGGGGUGGGGGAGGGGGUGCUGGCGGUGGCGGAGAGCGGGGAGGAGGCGCGUGGCCCGCGGCGCGUGCUGUUCCUCCACCCAACUACGCGGCGCUGGGGGGAGUUGACCCGCCUCCCGGAAGAGGCCCCGCUCACCGGCUCCGGGAUGUGCACGCUCUUCAAUUAUCUGUUCGUGGCGGGUGGUCUGCGGGGGGACGGGCAGGACAGCGUGCUGUGUUUUGACCCGCUGAGCGGGCGCUGGAGUGGCGUGCGGGCACUGGGCGAGCCGCGCUGCCAGCUGCGACUGGUGGGUGUGGACGGGCUGCUGUACGCGGUGGGCGGGGGCUGCCUACUGAGUGUGGAACGCUACGACCCGCGUGCCGACAGGUGGAGCCAUGUGGCGCCACUGCCCAAAGGUUCGUUCGCGGUGGCGCACGAGGCCACGGCGUGCGACGGCCAGCUGUUUGUGUCGGGGGGGUCGCUCUUCUACCGCCUGCUGCGCUACGACCCCCGCCGGGAUGAGUGGGAGGAGUGCCCGUUCAACGAGAGCCGCCGCCGCUCCGCCGACAUGGUCGCGCACCGCGGCCUCGUUUACCGCUUCGACGUGGACCGCGAGCGUGCCGAGGUCAGCGUGCACAGGUACAGCACAGUGGUGAAGGUGUGGCUCGAGGGCGCCACCUUUCCGCUGGAGAACGCACUGCCAUUCCGCUGCGCUGUGCUCGGCGACCGGAUCUACUGCGUCAACCGCAGCCGCACGCUGCAGUUCCACGUCAGCGAGGAGGGGGCCGGCUUCCUGCCCGAGGCCCUGCCAGCCCCCGCCGGGGCCCGGGGCAACCUGGUGCCCUUUGUCCUCAGCCUGCCCCAGAACACUCUUACCUCUGACCCUGGAUCACAGACCGUGACCUCUGACCCUGGCAUUUAAGAACUGCAGUCGGGCUGCUUGGCCCCUCCUUGUCGCCUCGGUGCCUUCCUGUUCCUAACUUUGACGAAUGUUUCCUGCGUGUGCAUUGGUGGCGGUGGGCCGAGCUGAGACUGUGGUGCAGUUUUUAUUCAGACACUUCCUGUUUGAUUUGUGACUGAAGCCGUCAGAGAGGACGCCGCCGCUCGUGAGGAAGAGGAGCUGAAGCGUGUUCAGAGUUAUUGAUGUCGGACUUUGAUGAUCAGUCCUUAUGCUGCAUGUCGAUCAAUAAAGCAGAGAUCUGAGUGAACGGGA